AUGGUGAGCCUGCGGCAGAUGUUUUCGUCGAAGAAGUCACAGGCGCUGCUCGUGCUGCUGCCGGAUGGCUCCAUGAAGAUGUACACCAAGAAAAUGACUGUUAAAGACUUGCUCCUCGAGUUUCCCGCCUUCACUGUCGCCCUCGACCCCGCGCCCGCGCCCGCGCUCGACGAAGAAACCGUUCUCGCCGCCGGUGGUACCUAUUAUCUUAAUCCGUUAGACGGCGAACCGCCCGAUGCAGACGCCGAAGGUAACGAGCGCCCACCCCUUCCGCCGCGGAGCGCAAGCUGCGACCAGGGCGGCGGGUCGGUGGGGCAGCAGGCCGCGCGGGAAGGAGGGGGAGUGCCUUCGCGGACCGUUUCCGCCGCCGCUGCUCUCGCGCGCGUGGAUGACGCUCCGGGGGAAGCCGCUGCUCCGGGGGAAGCCGCUGCGCCGGCGGCGGAGACCGCUGCUCCGUCAGCUCGCGCAAAACCGAAGGAAACGGACAGCUAUGCUGACGUGGACGACGAGCUUCUUGCGUACCUGGAUCUGGGCGACACGCCAGCAGCGCCGCCCGCCCCUCCCGCGUCGCGCCACGUCACAAAAUUCGGGCAGGAGGACGCGUCGCUCUUUUCCGACAACGGGAGCUCCCUCGGGGGUAGUGCGCGGGGUUCCCCUGCUGUCGGGGGAAAUUCCCCGUCUGGUUUCGGCGGGCCUGUGCUCUCAGGCAUGAACGCUCUGAGCGGGUCAGUUGGGGGGGGAUCGCCAAUGGGUGGCAUAAUGGCGCGGAGAUCCAUGGGCAUGGAGUAUGGAUCGAGCCCGAGCCACAGUGCGAAUGGUAGUACUGGCGGCGGCGGUGGUAACAGUGGUAACCUUCUCUUUGGAGGGCACAUGGGGGGCAACAUGGCACCACCGCCUACAGGCAGUAAUAUGAUGAUGGGAGGCGCUUCUGCUGCGGCGGCAGCAGCGGCGGCUGCGGCUGCAGCGGGUGGCAACAUGGGCAUGGGAGGAGGGCAGUACAGAAGGCCAGGGCCAAAGAUGAUGGGAGUGAUGGGUGGGGUACCGCUUGAAUCUCCUGCCACGCAUCUAGACCGCAACGACAGCUACUCGAGUGCUGGGUCAGGGGGAGGUUCAGGAACGUUCAACGUGUGGUAA